UCCUCACUGGUCCUCAAAGAUCAAAACAACCAUCACGAAGAUGAACAAGCCACUGCUCCUGCUGGUCGCUCUGACUUUCUGCUGUUGCAUCGCAUCUCUGCAUGGUUUUGCCCUCAACACCUGCCGUUGUAGACGGACGGUCGCGAAUCCUAUUCCUCCUAGAGCAGUCAACAAGAUAGAGGUGACUCCUGCCUCAGGACACUGCCCCCGGACUGAAAUCAUCAUCACCGUGAGGAAUGGUAACAGGAUUUGUAUCGAUCCAGAGGCCAAGUGGUUUCCAGGCCUUCUCAACACUCUGCAAAAGAAAAAUGGCCUCCCAACUGCUGAGCCAACCACUGUUUCCAGCUUCUGAUCACGUUUCGUGGCAUAUCGACGCCUUCAGUCAUCAAGCUGUGAAUUACCGGAGGAAGGCUGACCCACCUUCCAUUUUUAUGUCACUGUCUUUUUGUUUCGUAUUGAACCUUUUUGCAGUUUCAUUUAUGUUUAGUGUUUAAGGGAAAAAAAAUAUAACAUAUACAAAAUCCCAUAAUCUAAAUGUGAUCUUUUAUACCUGAUAGUAUUGAUGUGCUGGCUUACCAUUUUAAAGAAUGUAUUGAAGAAAACGAAAUACUGCAGUAUUGAUG